AUGGCAACAGCGUCCCACAGCACUAACCUGAGCAGCUGCAAGGGAUCACUGGAGACUGGAAAAACCAUCUCUCCGAGGAGCAGGCCCAGCAGUUUGACUCUGUGUUUGAAGAGAAAAUGA